AUGACUCCAGUCAACAGGAAUAGUGAGCACACAGACCCCCAGGCCAGAACAAGCCUGGCACAUUCCAGGCAUGGGAAGAAGUGUAGGGAAGCUGGAGUGGGCAAGGAGGAGAGUGUGAUAAGGUGUGCCUCUCAAUCUGCUCCUCUUGAAGGAGUGCUUUGUGUUAGCCUAACUCCUUGCACCACUUGUGUGUACAUGCAGUUUACAGAUUUUCAUGCUGUUCAGAAGAGUGAUGGUAACUCUCAAGCCAAGGUGAAAGAAGGACAAGUCACAUGUGCCAAUUUAACGAAUGGUGGGAAGUCAGAACUUCUAAAAUCAGGAAGCAGCAAAUCCACACUAAAGCACAUAUGGACAGAAAGCAGCAAAGACUUGUCUAUCAGCCGACUCCUGUCACAGACUUUUCGUGGCAAAGAAAAUGAUACAGAUGUAGACCUGCGAUAUGACACCCCAGAACCUUAUUCUGAGCAAGACCUUUGGGACUGGCUGAGGAACUCCACAGACCAACAAGAGCCUCGGCCCAGGGCCAAGCGAAGGCCCAUUGUUAAGACGGGCAAGUUUAAGAAAAUGUUUGGAUGGGGUGAUUUUCAUUCCAACAUCAAAACAGUGAAGCUAAACCUGUUGAUAACUGGGAAAAUUGUAGAUCACGGCAAUGGGACAUUUAGUGUUUAUUUCAGGCAUAACUCCACUGGUCAAGGGAAUGUAUCUGUCAGCUUGGUGCCCCCUACAAAAAUAGUGGAAUUCGACUUGGCACAACAAACCGUGAUUGAUGCCAAAGAUUCCAAGUCCUUUAACUGUCGCAUUGAAUAUGAGAAGGUUGACAAGGCUACCAAGAACACACUCUGCAACUAUGAUCCUUCAAAAACCUGUUACCAGGAGCAGACCCAAAGUCAUGUAUCCUGGCUCUGCUCCAAGCCCUUCAAGGUGAUCUGUAUUUACAUUUCCUUUUAUAGUACAGAUUAUAAACUAGUACAGAAAGUGUGCCCCGACUACAACUACCACAGUGACACACCUUACUUCCCCUCCGGAUGAGGAUGGACAUGGGUGAGACUGAAGCCUGAGGAAUUAAAGGUCAUAUGACAGGGCUGUUACCUCAAAGAGGAAGGUCACAUCUGUUGCCUGGAAUGUGUCUACACUGCUGCUCUCGUCAACUGGCUGCAAAGACGCUAGUGGAAAACAAUCCGAUGUAAUUUCUGCCCAGUCAGCUUCAUCUCUCAGCAUAGUUGUAAAUCACUACAGGUUUUAAAGGCACACUUGAAGACAUACUCUCACACAUAGAUAUACACAAACACACAUUCAUAUACAUUUCAGCUUGCAUCUGUCAUGAUUGCUGUCAAGAGGGCUUUCGUUAUUUGACUCAUAAUGGUUCAGGAUAAACUAUCAUCAAGCAAAAGGAUUAACUAGACAGUGAAUGGUUUCUAACACUUGCUGUUAUGGAAAUCUCUUUUAAAGUCUUGAGUACAUGCUAAUCAAUAAUCCCCACUCAUGCAUUCCUACUGCUUGGAGUAGCUGUACUGGUAAAUACUACUGUAGGAGUAUAUGCUUGUUCAAAUGGAAAAAAAAAAUGUGUCUUUAGAGCUCAGUAUUCUUUAUUUUAUGAACACAACAAAGUGUAGUAACUUUUUUCCAGCAUACAGUAGGCACAUUCAAGGUAAUAUAAGAUGGCUCUUUUUUUUUUUUUUUCUAUGGAGGGAGCCUGUUUUCAGUAAAGAUGAGCAAACAUUUGGAAUUUACAUGUGGGCAGACAUUGGAUUACAGCUUUCAUCACCAGUCUUUGGACUUUCGCAAAGUUGAGACCAACUAAGGCUGCUUAAAACAAGUUCUGAUCAUUAUAUAAGAAGGGAAAUGCCUGACAGACACCAUGUAAGUUAUAAGUGUCUGUCUUAUCUUUACUACACAUAUUGUAACAAAUUCAAUAUCCUAGUCUUCAUUUGUAUGAAUGGUUUGUAUUGUACAUAGUUUAACCAAGUGUUAUUUGAGCUGCUUAUUAAUAUUAACUUGUACUUGUCUCUCUGCUUGUUAUUGGUUAAAAAAGAAAAAAAAAGGAUAUGAGGAAUCCAUUUUAUCAAUGUAGCUGUGACCUCCAUUAAAAAGACAAACUUAAUGUACAAAGCAUUUAUUCAGCUCAAGUAUUGUUGAAAGCUAUACAUAUACAACAUUACAGUCUGUCUGUAUUUAGAUAUUUUAUUUCUGGACAAAAUGAAAUGUACAUAAAAAUAAAAUGCUUAAAGUUGAGUUUCAAUAUGUGCUUGUGUAAGAUGGUGAUUUAAAUGGUUCUGACAGGAAGAAUGUGCUGGAAUACAGUAAUGGUUUUGCAUCUCAUGUCUCUAAAUUUGUACAGAACUAUCUAAA